AUGAUGGUGAGAUACCGCUACUGGUUACUUACACACACAGCGGCGAAAGCCCCGAAGAACUCAAUUGUGCUACGUUAUAUUCCAGAUACUGCGAAGCACAAGACAGGCAAGCGGUGCUCGGACGACUUCGACUGCGUGCAAGUCUUGGGCCAAGUGUGCAACAUCGAGAAGCAAGGCUCGACAGGAACCUGUCAGUGCCCCGACACCACACCUGUUCGUGUAGUGGAGCACGACCAGCCAAGAUGUGUCUCUGCUCGCCUGAUCUUUGAAGACUGCGCGGACACCGCCGAAUGUGCGUUCCUCAACCCUUAUGUGGAAUGUGUGAACCAGAUCUGCACCUGCUCGCCACCGAACGUUAUGAAAAGAAAGGACCUGUGCAUCCCAGAUUCAGCAUCCAAUACUACUUUCCAGACGGCCAACGUGUUUGCCAUGCUUCUCAUGAGCAUCGGAGCUAUCGCAGGCUUUGCAGCUCUUGUAGCCAGGAUCAUAAUUGUCAGAGAAGGCCGACACCAAGAUAGCGACGAAGGACCACAUGGUCGUUAUCGAUGGCGACAUCACGCGGAUGAUCCUUCGAUGGUCCUGUUAAGCAAAGGCAUCAAGCGCAUUUUCAAUGACUGCAAAGAUAAGAUACAAGAUAUGGUACUUCGAAAGCCCGUGCUCUCUCCGCAGAUGCAAAGUCUAAUCGAAAUCCGGCCUACCAGGCCUACCAGAACCUCCCAUGAGAGCACGGUUGUGGUCGAUGUCCACGUGCCAUACGAACCGUUGGACUUUGAGGACAUGGCUUCGUUGGAAUGUCACCUUCGCAGAGCAACGCGACAGCUUUCUCAAGAAGAGUCUCCAACAACAGCAAAUACUUCAUUGGGAGCGACAACAUCACACAGGUCGAAGAUUACUAAGAAGUCAGUCGAGCCGUUGCAACAGACCUCCCCAGUUACCACUCCAAAUAUGGCGACAUCUCUGGAUUCUCAAAGGCAAGCUGACGAUGUCCUUGUGCCGCAUAUUGAACACGCCGAAGUGAAUGCGGACCCACCAUCGCCAAAGCACGGGGACGACGAGAAAAGACGAGAUCUCAACUUGAACGCGGACCUAGAACACAUUAUGCAGAUAGUUAUAGACCAGCUCUCAAACCCGCAAAGCAGCCAAGCUGGGCUCCGCAGAAUCGAAGGAGACGAAUGCAGAGUAGAAGUUGACGAGGGCAAGUUUUCUGAUACAGUCCGAGCCGUGUAUUCUCGAACUCUGCUCAAGCUACGCCAGAAGCUACACACUAUGGUGGCGCAGGAAGCCCCCAGCGUUGACCAAGUGUCUUUCGGAGAUUCCUGUCGGACGUCCAGCGCUAUUCCAAGAAAUAAAACCGUGGAGCUGCUUCCUUCUCUCGAUAAAGGGUGCGGCGAAGCAAAAGGCAAGACGUACGCGGAUGUGUCCACCCUAUGUCGAAUUCUAACUCCACACUCUGUCUCGAAGGAUCCACAUAAGCGAAUUCGAAUAAGCGAUACGGUCUCCGAACAUCGGGUCGGUAGAAAUUUUCCGGAGCCUCCAGUCUAUGGUGUUCCUCGCUUGCAGACUCAUCAAAGCACCCCUGCAACCAUCGAUGCUUUUCCUGUUACACAGACACCCGAUCGUCUUCCAAAAAGGUGUUACCUUCUUAGAGAGGAACGACAAGAUAAUCCGACGACCGAAUCAUUUCACUCUUGUUCCGACCCCAAUCGUUUUAUGAGACAACGUAAGUUCAUUCCGACGACGACCCUGCCGAUAUCCGAUUCGGCAAAACUGGUUCUGGAGCCGAUUUCGAGUGAUGUGGACCUUCACAAUCGUCCUAGGGAUAGUCUGAAGGCGUACCUUGCAGGCAAGGCUCCGACUGUAGCUACUGCAGAUUGUCCCUCGAUAAAUGAUUCCUUGCAAAACAAUGGGGAGGUUGAUAGAACACAGUCAGGUGUUGGUGGAUUCACAAAAAUGGUACACCCAAGGGUACACUACAUUGACUCUGACAAUGCCUUGCAAGUCAGGGAAGAAACCUCGCUCUGCAGUAUACCAAAGAAGCUUCUUAAGAAGCCACCUAAAAUCGUUUUAUUCCCGAUAAAAGACGAGGUCGUAGGUCUGCAAGCCGAAGAAGAAACGCCACUACUUAACCUGGAAACCUGGAUACCUAAGAAGAAGAGGAACAAGUGAGUUCUUCUACCCCCUUAUUCAAGAAAGAGAGGAGGUUUACAAUAUCACACACAAGAUAGUUCAUUUUCGUUGUCACGACUGGAACUAGGGUCA